AUUCAAGCACAAGAUCACGACUGGAAAAAUAAUCCAAGCUGCACACUCUCUCUGACGCGACCAACCCUCCCCCCAACGUGCAAAAUCGCACAAUCCGCCAAAUCUAUUAGCGCCAGCGACGACAGCACAGGUGUUUUGCGCGAGAGACAGAAGCAAUGCCUCCCAAAGCGCAGCCCCCCGCGCAAGUAGCCGGCAAGGCAGCUUCGACUUACCCCCCCAACCAAACAUUAUACAUCACAAACCUUCCGUCCUCGAAGAUCCAGAAAUACGACCUCCGCUUAUCGCUCUACACACUCUUCUCCACCUACGGCCCUGUCCUCGAUGUCGUCGCCAUGAAGACUAUGAAGAUGAGAGGGCAGGCGCAUGUUGUUUUCCGUGAUGCGCAGACGGCUACGCAGGCUAUGCGCGCGCUGAAGGGGUUUGAGUUCUUUGGUUACGAGUUGGAAAUACAAUAUGCUAAGUCGAAAUCGGAUACGAUCGCGAAGCUAGACGGAACGUUCCACAAGCCGGCUGCUGCGGCGGGCGAGGUCACGGCGACAGAACUACAGCAGAGUAUCUUUAAUGCCCCGCCGUCGGCAGCGUUUAUGGCUGGGGGUGGAGCGCCGGGCACAGCUGGGGCAGCGGCGUUAUUGAAGCCGCCGCCGGCGCUGGGGAGGGAUACGGCGAUGGAGGAUGCGAGGAGUCCUACAACGAGUGUUGCGGGUGAGAAGCGGAAGAGGGACGAGGAGGAAGAGGAGGAGGAGGAGAGUGGGAGCGAUGUGGCUAUGGAGGAGGAUAGCGAUGAUGAUUAGGGGGGUUAUCUUCAUAUAUGCAUGUAUUGCAAGGCGUUUAGGGGGGCGAAGUGGGAAUUCUAUGGGGUAUUGAGACGGGGUAUUUGUCUCUGAUCUAGACCAGGUCCGUUUGGACUGAAAGGAGGUAAUCAAACAACACUGUGAACCUCCAUCUCAUUGUACUCGCAUACAACUUUGCACUGUGACUCGAGACAAUAAUUAGGAC